UUGGAUUGCUUUCCCCCCCGGUGGGCGUGGUUUUCAGGUUAUGACGCGCUGCGCUCUGUCUCUAUCACUGUUUGAUUUGAGACUCGCGCAAACGUGAAGACGAAGCGAGCACAGUAGUUGAGCGUGUUUAAAACAGGAUGAAAGAGACACCACGACACCCACCGCACAGUUGGACCAGUUGUCAAUCACUGUUUGAUUUGAGACUCGUGCAAACGAGAAGAAGGAGGGCACCCCGCCACAGACUCAACACUGGCACAAAUCAAAUAGAUUUUCCAUGAUUACCAUUUACAUUUUAUUUUACUAUUUAAACCGGCUUCAUGUGCUUUUGCAAGCGUUCAGCAGCGCAUCUCUCUCUCUCGCGUGCACGCUUCUCACUGCUGCGUGCGGAACCUCGACAGUGCCUCUCUGACACUGAGUGAAGGAGUUAAAAGUUGGCGGUGUUUUCCACCUGGGUUCCUCCGUUGUCUUUUCACGUAAAAGUUAACAGCCAACAGAAUCAGUGCUUUAAGUGGGCCGGAACGCGCCGGUACUCAGUACCGCCACUUCUAAAAAUAGCUCUUGAGCGUACCACCACCUCUCCGUGCGCCCAGAACGUGCUUUUAGCGUACCGGAACGCUCAUUUGCACAUCUGUUUAAAAAUCAGAGGUUUAAUUUAAUCCUUUGGCUGCGCUGCUGCUUUUCAGAGCGCCCUUAAUGUACGCUUCCUAAUUCGUCCCACCGAGAGCAGAGACUACAUUACUCAUACACCCUUGCGUUUACAAGUUAAAAGCGCAUGCGUCCGUCAGUCAGUGUCAACGUGCUCUGGAGAGGUGUGUGUUUGUGUGUGAAACGCGCAAACAUAGCUGCUCGGUUAAAAUGAAAAUACAAUGAACACGUAAUAUGCCCUCCUUGUUUUAGACUCUGAGUAGUAAAAGAACACCUUCAGAAUCAGAGGACUCGCUGACAUCCCACCAAGUUAGAAUGAUAGCUGCAGGUCAGACGCAAGCCUUGUAGGUAGGCUACGUGAUAAUCUCCGCUGUCGCGGCUUUCAGUUUGGUUCCGCUCGACGCAACUUCGGAUUUCCUCAGGCGAUGUGCAGAAAACAUUCUUGAAAUUAUAAUAUACAUUUAGUUUAAUUGCUAAACUACAAGUAAACGAAAUUUCAAUGAAUUUGAACGACGUGCACUGUAGUUUUACCAUCCGCAAAAUGUAAAACAAUGGGACAAAAUAAAUUACUUUAGAGUUUCAAAUGGCCAGUAUUUUGUUAUUAUUGACCCCAUAGACAUGGUUUUGGUGUCAUUUUAAAGUUUUUUUCUAGCUCUUUCUAUCUGAACAACUAGUUUUAGCAUUUAACCAUGCUGAAAAUUUUACUUACAUAUCUACCUUUUGCACAUUUUAUUUAUGUUCAAAAGCUCUUUCUACAGUAGCUCUUUAUAAUGGUAUUUUUUCAAAAUCCUUUUGCACAUUUUAUUUAUGUUCAGUAGCUAUUUCUAGCUCAAGCAAAUACACAAAUUUAAAAAAGGAUUUAUUAUUUUUUACAUGGUCGUCUGUUGACUGCUGAAUAUAAAACCCCUUCAAUAUAGGAGUCGAGUCAGCAAAAAAAAAAAAAAAAAUUAGAGUACCGGCACCUCUUUUGGGCCACUUAAAGCACUGGUUCAAAUGUAAAAAGUAGUACAUAAAUACAUUAAAAAAAAUACAUUUUAGCAUAUUAUAGUUCAUAUGUGUGUACUAAAUAAAGAAAUUUAUUGCCAUUUAGUGCAGAGAUCAGCUCAUCGGCAUUUAAAAUAACACACAAAAAAAGCACAUUUUGCUCACACCUACAAAGUGGCAAUUUUAACAUGCUAUAAUAAAUUAUUCAUAUGGUAUUUUGAGCUAAAAUUUCACAUAUGUACUCUGGAGACACCAACGAUUUAUUUAACAUCGUAAAAAUGUUUUGUGAAAUGCCCCCUUUAAAUCCUCUCUCGGUCGUUUUGUGUAUCUGACCUGUACCACUCGCUAUCUUCGGAGCGGGUGCCCCUUUCCUUCUUUCACAUAGUGGUAUGAUCCUAGUCUGUCCUCCCAUGUGAUUGGCCACGUGGUGUGCUCAUCUAAAUUAGAGUCCCGCCCCUGCCUCGGCUGAAGAUUCGGCUCCUUGCUAUUUGUAUUGACUGAUGUAGUGAUGGGAGAAACGAAGCUUUUCGAAGCUUCGAAUCAAUUGAACCAAUUGCUUCGAAAAUUGAGUCAGUAGCCGUUUCUCAAUACCAAGUACGCCAAACUCGGACUUGUGUCCUUCGUAGUUCGAACUUGCAAGUUCAGACUCGGAAGAACGAACUUCUGGCGCGAAAUGCAUUCUGGGAAACUUCGCUGUCAUAAGUCCACACAAGUCUCUUCUGAUGCAUCCUCGAUAAAAUGGGCGGAUCUAGAACACAUCCGGGGAUUUUAUGUGAACUUGGGCUUGAUGCGAACUUUGAAUUGGAACAGUACUUGGCCCGCGACUGAUGACGUUUCACAAGUCCACAUGAACGCAAGUACAGACAAGAACGCAUAUUGAGAAACGGCUAGUUUUUCCGAAGCAGUUCGAAACACCACACACGCUGGCGACCCCUGCUGGUCAAAAUAGUGUAAAAGCAGAUUUGUCCAAACAUUUUACACUUUAUUUUUUUUUACAAAAUAAUAGCAAGAUUUGUAUUAAAAUAUGUUAAAAUUAUUUAACUUAAAGGGGGGGUUUAAUGGUAUUUCAAGCAUUCUGACUUAUUAACACAGUUAUAGAGUUGUUUCCUCAUGCUAAACGUAGGCAAAGUGUCAAAAAUGCAGUUGGGCGUGUUUCAGAGUAUUUCUGUGCCGAAUGCACUUCGCCAGGGUUCGUACAAGUUUCGGCUAAUUUUUUUCGAUUACGGUUCUAACUGACGUUUCAGGGGUUUUCGAUACGUAUCACUUCUUUAUAUGGGCUUCCGCCGGAAAACUUCCCCCGGAAAACCCCGCCCAGCCGUCAGUCAGCGGGAGCCGCUAGAGCUUGCUAACAGCUUAUCACGCCACUCAGCUUUGUUUAAUUUCAAAAGUCAACAAUGGCACAACAAGAAGUGUGUUUUUGGAUGUAAGGAGAAGACAUCCAGCCUCAUGGAAACAAUGGAUAUAGUUUAUUAUCCGGAUUAGCAGCGGAGUUUUGCGUGUGUGUUUGAUGCGGUGGAUUUUCAGAACCGGGUCAUGACGAGUUACACGUGGUAAGUAAGACUUCUGUCUUAUGUUGGAAAUAGGCGCGUGUAUAUUAUAUAAAUGACACGAACAUGUAGUGAAUCAUACGUUAUAAGUGUUGUAUAGUGUUGCAUGACUCGUACUCGCUCCUCCCGUGUUAUAACUCCUCCUUCUUCAUUUUUUCGUACGUUAUCGGAAAGAUUCGUUAAAGCUAAUAUUUCUUUUAUAAAUCUGAUUAAACUAAAGACUCUUCAGAGAUAUAAAGGAUGUCAUACUACUCUAUAGGUACUCCAGAUUGAUAUCAGAAAUGCAGAAACAGCGUGUGUUACGUGAGCUUUAAGUGUAUUCUGUGUUUUAGUUUUAUUUAGGGCAAACAAAUCAUUAAAACUAACUACCCUUUUAAUUAUGCACAUUUUUGUCAUUAAAUCUGUCUAUAAACAAAAAGUAGACAAAAUGGCAGUGUUAUAAGUCAGAAGGAUAAAUGUUUUAUGAACUUUGCAUAAUAAAACUGACCCGAGUUUACCUAAACAUAUUAGACACCGGUCAUGUGAUCAGCUCCCCCUAGCGGUGAACCAUCGGAUUUUCGAAACGUUUCGAAACAGUUAUGACGUAAUGAAGCCUCGUUUGCUAAAAUCACGUGACUUUGGCCAGUUUGAAACAAGCUCCGAACCACUGAUUCGAAACAAAAACAAAGCUUUUUGGAAUAGAGCAAUGGAAGAGAUAUAGAGUCAUUAUUAAAUUUAUUAAAGAAAUAGGGUUAUAUGGGAUAAUUUAGUGGGGUUUUUUUUUACUUAAGCAUUUCCUUGUAUAUCGGUGACCACACUCCAGUUUAGUAGGUGGCGGUAGUGCACCAUAAGCUGGUUUGCCAACCGCCAUAAACUUGCAGCAGCAGAAGAAGAAGAAGAUUCGAAACAAAAGAUUUGUAAAUGUUUCGAAGCCUCAUGAAGCAGUGCUUGGUUCGAAAACGACCAUCAAAAGACUGAUGUCGACACGCAUGGAGAAGGAGAUCAAGAGAACUCGGCAUAUCAGAAUCUUCUUUAAAACAGACCAAAUUGAACCAGAAGAAUCAUCAGCAUCAGGAUCUUCAUAUGAUUCCAUAAUGGCAGAAAAAUCUGAUUGUUUGCAGAUGAAAAACUCUUUUCCAAAAAGAAAGCGAAGAACAGCAGCCAGCAAAUCCUUUACUUGCCAUCAUUGUGGAAAGGGGUUUAAAGGGAACAAAUGCCUUGUGAAGCACAUGAAAAUCCACACUGAAGAAAAGAUUUUUACCUGCCCUCAGUGUGAGAAAACUUACAAAAGCAGAGAAACACUUAAAAAUCACAUAAGAAUUCACACCGGAGAGCGUCCAUACGCAUGUCUUCAGUGUGGAAAGAGUUUCACAAACACAUAUUUUCUAAAGGUCCACAUGGAAAUUCACACUGGAAAGAAUCCAUGCACAUGUCUUCAGUGUGGAAAGAGUUACAAAAACACAAGUAAUCUAAACGCCCACAUGAUGAUUCACACUGGAAACAGCCCACACCAUUGUCAUCAGUGUGGAAAGAGUUUCAGACGCGGUACUCAUCUUAAGGACCACAUUAGAAUUCACACCGGAGAGAAUCCAUACACAUGUCUUCAGUGUGGAAAGAGUUUCACAAACAAAUCUACUCUACGGGUCCACAUGAGAAUUCACACUGAAAAACGACUUUACCCAUGUCUUCAGUGUGGAAAAAGUUUCAAACACAGAAAUAGUCUUGUGGAACACACGAGAAUUCACACUGGAGAGCGUCCAUACGUAUGUCAUCAGUGUGGAAAGAGUUUCAGACAAAAAUCUAUUCUAAUUGUCCACAUGAGAAUUCACACUGGAAAGCGUGCAUACCCAUGUCUUCAGUGUGGAAAGAGUUUUAUAAACACAAGUAAUCUAAACGCCCACAUGAGAAUUCACACCGGAGAGCGUCCAUACAAAUGCCUUCAGUGUGGAAAGAGUUUCACACACAGUGGUCGUCUUGAGGACCACAUGAGAGUUCACACUGGAGAGCGUCCAUACUCAUGUCUUCAGUGUGAAAAGAGUUUUAAACAUAGACAUAGUCUUAAAACCCACAUGAGAAAUCACACUGGAGAGUGUCCAUACACAUGUCUUCAGUGUGAAAAGAGUUUUAUACAUAGACAUAGUUUUAAAACCCACAUGAGAAAUCACACUGGAGAGCAUUAAGGGGCCUUUCACAUGUCGCGUCUAAAACGCUUGGAAAACGCUAGGCGCGUAGGUCCUUGUCACAUGACCUGCGGUGCGCUUGUGGGAUUCUGAAAUGUUGAAAUGUUCUUAACUCGAUAUCACAAUGUAUGAUUUUUUUAACUAUUUAUUUGUAUGAUAGAGCUGCAAAUAAGUAUUUGAACACCUGAGAAAGUCAAUGUUAAUAUUUGGUACAGUAGCUUUUUUUUUUCAAUUACAGAGGUCAAACGUUUCCUGUAGUUUUUUACCAGGUUACUUUGCACACACUGCACUCUACACACUGGAUUUUGGCCCACUCCUCCACAAAGAUCUUCUCUAGAUCAGUCAGGUUUCUGGCCUGUCGCUGAGAAACACAGAGUUUGAGAUCCCUCCUAAGCUUCUCUAUUGGGUUUAGGUCUGGAGAUUGGCUAGGCCAUGCCAGAACCUUGAUAUGGUUCUUACAGAGCCACUCCUUGGUUAUCCUGGCUGUGUGCUUCGGGUCAUUGUCAGGUUGGAAGACCCAGCCUCCACCCAUCUUCAAUGCUCUAACUGAGGGAAGGAGGUUGUUCCCCAAAAUCUCGCAAUACAUGGCCCCGGUCAUCCUCUCCUUAAUACAGUGCAGUCGCCCUGUCCCAUGUGCAGAAAAACACCCCCAAAGCAUGAUGCUACCACCCCCAUGCUUCACAAUAGGGAUGGUGUUCUUGGCAUGGUACUCAUCAUUCUUCUUCCUCCAAACACGUUUAGUGGAAUUAUGACCAAAAAGUUCUAUUUUGGUCUCAUCUGACCACAUGACUUUCUCCCAUGACUCCUCUGGAUCAUCCAAAUGGUAAUUGGACAUGUGCUGGUUUAAGCAGGGGAACUUUCCGUGCCAUGCAUGAUUUCAAACCAUGACGUCUUAGUGUAUUACCAACAGUAACCUUGGAAACGGUGGUUCCAGCUCUUUUCAGGUCAUUGACCAGCUCCUCCUAUGAAGUACUGGGCUGAAUUCUCACCUUUCUUAGGAUCAUUGAGACGCCACGAGGUGAGAUCUUGCAUGGAGCCCCAGUCCGAGGGAGAUGUCAUGUUUAGCUGCUUACAUUUUCUAAUGAUUGCUCCAACAGUGGACCUUUUUUCAUCAAGCUGCUUGGCAAUUUCCCCGUAGCCCUUUCCAGCCUUGUGGAGGUGUACAAUUUUGUCUCUAGUGCUUUGGACAGCUCUUUGGUCUUGGCCAUGUUAGUAGUUGGUUUCUUUCUCUUGUAUGGGGUGGACAUGUGUCUUUAUGCAGCUAUCGACCUCAAACAGGUGCAUCAAAUUUAGUAUAAUAAAUGGAGUGGAGGUGGACAUUUUAAAGACAGACAGGUGUUCAAAUAGUUAUAUUGUGAUUUCUGUUUUUUUUUAGAUUAUGUCUCUCACAGUGGACAUGCACAUACGAUGACAAUUUCAGACCCCUCCAUGAUUUCUAGGUGGGAGUACUUGCAAAAUAGCAGGGUGUUCAAAUACUUAUUUUUCUCACUGUAUUUCCUUCCUAAGAUAGCCCGACGGCCAGGGUAGAGAUACGGUUUGGUAGCCCAAUUGGAGGACAGCAUAGCCCCGGGAUUGUCGGGCUAGCGAUUUUGUGAGCCUUGCCAGCAAAUGUAACAGAAAAUCGGAGCCAAAAGUGUUUAUCUAUAGUGAGGUUUUUUUUCUGUUUUCUGUUUUCAGUCUUCGGGGUUUGGGGUUUUAUUUUCCCCCGUCACAUUCACUCAAUCGACCUCCCUGCAGUUCACCUUGUGUGCCUGGAGCAGGGAGAUCGCUCCCUCGAGGAACAUUUAAGUGACUUUUAGUGUUUACACCUUUAUCCACCUUCCCGGACAGCUGCCUCUGUACUUUCCUGCUUGCUGGUCUCAAUACACCACACGAGCGCAGUUGUCCGGCGAGGGUCCUCAAGGGAGCUUCACUGCAUUAAUGGAGUGGGUGCUGGUAUCUUGCGGAUCUCCUUUCACCAUUGAGGAUGUCGCCAGUCCCAAACCAGAGACCAGCCAGCAGUCACCCUGUCGCACGUAGCCUGAGCCCACUGCAGACAGAGAGCCUGCAGUGACACGUGAGCCAGUGCGUGCCACUACUGAGCUCGACCUCGUGCCCGAGCCUCACAGAGCAUCUGACCAGGCAUGUGAGCUGGCUACCCUGUGCGUUACCAUGGAAGUCCUGGUGGAAUUUGAGGGAAGCCCCACCUACACUCCUGCCGUUUGGUGUGAGCUGCUGCUGAACUGUGGACAAUUUGACUUUUUCCAUGAUGUGUUCUCCUGCUGCAACCUCUGCUGGUCCCCCCCAGCUGUCCUUCGUCUCGGCGGGUCCCACCCAGCGCGAUCCUAAUGGUCUAAUCAGAGUCAAUGGAUUAUGCUAAGCUAUGCUAAAAGUGGUACCGCCAGACCCAGAGAUCGGCUGAAUGAAUUCCAAAACGUUAAAAAUCAAAUAUUUAACUGUAGGGGAGCUGAAAAAUGAAUAAAAAAAGUGUAGUGUCCCUUUAAACACAGUUUACACCAUUCUACCCUUACCAGAGGAUUGAUUUAUGCAUAGAGAACAAUUGUUUAAACUAAAAAAAAUGGAAAAGCAAUUACACAAUGUUUAGAUAUGAAUGAGUUGCAUCACCUAACUUGCCUUACUUUCAACACUUUUCCCAAGUCUGAGGCAUUUAACAUCCCAUGUUAAUACUCUGUGUGGAUCGAUUUAACUGCAGUAUGCCACAUUUUUAACUGGUCCAUAUUACACUACAUACGGAUUUGCACCAUUUGUCUAGAGAGGACGCUCGAUGGUGGCAGCCCGGACACAAGGAGUGGUUGCAGCACCCAGUUUAGGCAGUAUAUGUACAAAAGUUGGAUAGAGCAUCUUUAUUUCACUUGAAUCAUUUAUGUUUAUUUUGUAACAUCUUGUAUAUGUGCAUAAACAAACAACAUAUCAAAUGUGUGGUGUAAUGAAUUGUUUCAUGUAUUUGUAAUUACACGAGAAGGAAGUUGAGUCUUCACGUGUAUAUGUGUGUUUUAAGGUAAUGUUAGCCCAUUUUUACU